AUGGAAAGUAUAAGUGAAGAAAUUGAAAAGUGUGAUGAAGACGUUUCCCGUGAGAGAGAUAAAGUCAAGACAAAGAAAUGUAAAAAACGAAGAACAAAGGAUGAUUCUGAAACAAUUGCAAAUGGAAUGGAAAGUAUAAGUGAAGAAAUUGAAAAGUGUGAUGAAGACGUUUCCCGUGAGAGAGAUAAAGUCAAGACAAAGAAAUGUAAAAAACGAAGAACAAAGGAUGAUUCUGAAACAAUUGCAAAUGGAAUGGAAAGUAUAAGUGAAGAAAUUGAAAAGUGUGAUGAAGACGUUUCCCGUGAGAGAGAUAAAGUCAAGACAAAGAAAUGUAAAAAACGAAGAACAAAGGAUGAUUCUGAAACAAUUGCAAAUGGAAUGGAAAGUAUAAGUGAAGAAAUUGAAAAGUGUGAUGAAGACGUUUCCCGUGAGAGAGAUAAAGUCAAGACAAAGAAAUGUAAAAAACGAAGAACAAAGGAUGAUUCUGAAACAAUUGCAAAUGGAAUGGAAAGUAUAAGUGAAGAAAUUGAAAAGUGUGAUGAAGACGUUUCCCGUGAGAGAGAUAAAGUCAAGACAAAGAAAUGUAAAAAACGAAGAACAAAGGAUGAUUCUGAAACAAUUGCAAAUGGAAUGGAAAGUAUAAGUGAAGAAAUUGAAAAGUGUGAUGAAGACGUUUCCCGUGAGAGAGAUAAAGUCAAGACAAAGAAAUGUAAAAAACGAAGAACAAAGGACGAUUCUGAAACAAUUGCAAAUGGAAUGGAAAGUAUAAGUGAAGAAAUUGAAAAGUGUGAUGAAGACGCUUCCCGUGGGGGAGGUAAAGUCAAGACAAAGAAGAAUAGAAAAAGAACGAAGAAUGAUGUGGUGGAUACGAAGGAUAAAGAUGUUUCUGAUACGGUAGGAAAUGAUUUGGACAGUGUUCCUGAACAAAAUGUGGAGAAUGUCUCGUCUGGGAAAGAAGGCAAGGUGAAACGAAAAAAGAGCAAGAAAGGGAAAAGGAAUAUUGCAGCUGAAGGUGGUUCAGAUAUGGUGGUAAACGAUGGUCCUGGGAAAGAUGAAAAUAAUUUGGGCGAAGAAGAACAGGCUUUUAAACAAGAUAAAAAUAAGAGAAAGAAAG